UUUGGAAAGGAACUUACUCCUAAAGUAUCACUCUUAUGUUUUGAGAUCCAUCGGGAAGCAUCGGAUAACAUUCCACAGUGCUUUCCCGCCCUGAGUCCAAACAUGUCUGAGAAUCCCAUGCAAGCUCUCUUUCAAACUGCUCAAAAGAUUUCAACUUCCAUUCAAACCCAUCUCUCAAAUCUUCUUUCCCAGUCGCCCCAUCAUUCACGCCCCAACCACAAGCCUCUUUCUUCUCCAUUUUCCUCAUCCUAUGCAACUCCCUCAUACACUGACACCACUUAUUUGCAAUCUAGUGACAUAAUCCAUAAGCCUGCUGCACCUGUAACUAAGGAAGCGCUUGGAAGGGCUACCUGGACUUUUCUUCACAUCCUUGCUGCUCAGAUAGUCACGUACUUUGUCCCAUUACAACUAUUCGAGUCAAGAACUGUCAAGGAUAGCCUAGAAAAAGGACUGCGGUUUUGGAAAUCAUACCCAGAUCACCCAACGAGGCAGCAGAAGAAGGACGUGAAAGAAUUGAUGGCAAUAUUAUCUCGCAUGUACCCUUGUGGAGAAUGUGCGGACCACUUUAAAGAAGUUCUGAGAGCAAACCCCGUAGAGGUUGGAUCUCAUGCCGAGUUCUCCCGUUGGCUAUGCCGUGUACAUAACGUUGUCAACAGAAGUCUUGGAAAACCAAUAUUCCCGUGCGAACGUGUUGAUGCAAGAUGGGGAAAAUUGGAGUGCAAACAACGUGCAUGCGACGUGCUUGGAAGCUUGCCAAAUUUUGGGGAAGAAGAUAGACAUUGAUACCGUAUAUAGCACGUUGAGGUCUACAUUUACAUUGUAAUUACAGUUGUAAAGACUUGUAGUUGUGGUACUUAAACAUCAUAAUUACAUUUACUUUCUUUUGAUGAAUCAAUGGAGAACAAUUGAUGUCUAUAUUUCAUAA